AUGUUUUUUCAUUAAUCCACUAAAUGUGUAGAUCAUAUUGAUGAUAGCAAUGUAAGCUGAAGACCUUCAUAUAGGAAACAUCAUUAAUAAGUGAUUCAAUCCUCUUAAUUAUUGGAUUAUUAGUUUUUAAUGAAUUACUGCUCCAAACCAUUGCUACCAAGAAGUAAAAAUAUCCAUUCUUAAAAUACAUUAAUGAUACUAUAAUAACUACAUCAAUAGGAUUAAUUACUGGAUAUAUUUUAACAUUUUCAAAAUCUGGAAAGGAAAUUACGAUAACAAUGAAAAUGGGAUUUAGUUAAGUAUUCUUAAUAAUAUUACUUCCUCCAAUUUUAUUUGAAAGGUACUCAAAUUUCUAAAAUUAAGUGCAAUUCACAUGGAUUCUGUAACUUUCUUUGAACAUUUUGGUACAAUCAAUAUGUACGCUAUAUUUGGUACAAUAAUAUCAAUGAUAAUAACUUCUUUCUUCAUAUUUAUUUGUGGUUUAUUAGGUUUAGCUAAGGAACUACAAUUAUCUAAAUGCUUUGCCUUCGGAGCAAUAAUAUCUUCAACAGAUCCUGUAGCUGUUUUGAGUGCUUUCAAAAAUAUGAAAUAAUCAAAAAUGUUAUAUACAUUUAUAUUUGGAGAAAGUAUUCUUAAUGAUGCUGUUUCAUUAACAUUAUUUAAGUAAUGAGAAUAUUUAUUGAUAUUUAUAGUGCAGUAAAUGAAAUAAUUAAUUAAGAAACAAGUGAUCUAUUGAAAGUUAUUAGUUAAUUUCUAAUAAUAUUCUUUGUAUCAAUAGCUAUAGGUUAUGCUAUGGGAAUAGUGAGUGCAUUUAUUAUAAGGUUUAAAAAUUAAGCCAUUGCUAAUUUUGAGGCUUCUUUGUUAUUGUUAUUACCAUGGAUUACUUAUCUAAUUUCUGAAGCAUUUGAAAUGUCAGGGAUUGUUAGUAUCAUGUUUUGUGGCAUUUCAAUGGCAAGAUAUACUAUUCCAAAUACAAAUGAAUUGUCUAAAAAGGAAUUCACUAAAUUUUAUGAAAUAAUAGCUCAUAUCUUUGAAAAUUCAGUUUUUAUCUUUAUUGGAAUAGGAGUCAUUGGUUUUAAUUUACCAUGGUAAGAUACUGGAUUUGGAAUCAUUUUAUCAACUUUUAUAGGAAUAAAUCUUUCAAGGUAUUUCUUUGUUUAUGUAAUAACUAAAUUUGCUAAUAAUUUUCGAUAUCUUCAUGUAAUAAAUGACUAUUAAAUGAAUAUGUUAUGGUUUAGUGGAUUAAGAGGAGCUAUGGCAUAUGCGUUAUCAAUAUAAACUAUUUUACUUUAUGGUCCUAUAGGUGAAGUACUCUUAACUAUUUCUAUUGUGAUUAUCAUGAUUAAUGUAUCAUAUAUUAAUUAUUUAGAUCUAUGUCUAAGGGAUGAUGUUAAAUCCAAUAUUAGCAAAGUAUAACCAGAAUCUUAUAGAGAAUUAUUAAGAAGAGGAAUAAGAAAAAUCUAAAAAUAUCUUCAAAUAGAUAAAAGAAGGAAUCAGUUAAAUAGAUAAUCUAUUUAUCUAAAUUUGUCUUUCUGAAAGCAAUGAUGAAGAAAUACCUUUAUGUAAAUAUAUAUAUAUUAUAUAAUUUAGAAAAUGGAGUGUAAGGAGUUGAAGUUGACAAUUGA